CGUGACUCUAUUCCGGCUCGCUGAAGAUGGCGGCGCCCAUCGCUGCAGCGUGAAAAGUGGUUGGUGGAAGACGUUGUCCCUCCGUGCUGGAAUCAGAUCAGUGGCACCGUGCGCCAUGUCGCGAUUGAUCGUGAAGAACCUCCCGAAUGGGAUGAAGGAGGAGCGUUUCAAGCAGCUGUUCGCUGCCUUUGGCACGCUGACGGACUGCAGCCUGAAGUUCACCAGAGACGGCAAGUUCCGCAAGUUCGGCUUCAUCGGCUUCAAGUCGGAGGAAGAGGCCCAGAAGGCCCUGGACCAUUUCAACAGGAGCUUUGUCGACACUUCCCGGAUCACGGUGGAGUUCUGCAAGUCAUUUGGGGACCCGACGAAGCCCCGAGCCUGGAGCAAGCAUGCCCAGAAACCAAGCCAGUCCAAGCCACCUCCAAAAGACAAAGACUCCGUCCCCCCAGAAGCUAAGAAAGACAAGAAGAAAAAGUCAGCAGGUGCACUGGAGACGCUGAAGGAGGACACCGAGUUCCGGGAGUUCCUGUCCGUGCACCAGAAGCGGACACAGGCGGCCACCUGGGCUAACGAUGCCCUGGACGCGCAGCCCUCAAAAGGGAAGAGCAAGCCGGCCAGUGACUACCUGAACUUCGACUCCGACUCGGGCCAGGAGAGCGAGGAGGAGGAGGAGGAGGAGGGGGCCGGGGAGGGCCCAGGCGAAGAGGGCAGUGGCCCCGAACCCAAGGCCGCCGUGCAGAAGGGGCUGUCGGACAUGGAGUACCUAAAGUCCAAGGUGGCGAGGGCCGACUCGCCGUCCUCCUCCGGGGAGGAGAGCGAGGAUGAAGCCGUGAACUGUGACGGAGGCAGCGAGGACGAGGAGGAGGGUCCGCGCGCUGCCCCCGCCCAGAGGGACCGGGACAGGACGGGGCCGGGCGCAGAGCAGGGGGCGCCGUCUGGGAACAAGCAGCAGCCCCAGGAGGCCAGAGCCGAGACGGAGAAGCCGGCGGCCCGGAGGGAGCCCACCGCCCCCCACACGGUGAAGCUUCGGGGAGCCCCGUUCAACGUCACGGAGAAGAACGUGCUGGAAUUCCUGGCACCCCUGAAACCGGCAGCCAUCCGAAUCGUGAGAAACGCCCACGGGAACAAAACAGGUUACGUCUUUGUGGAUUUUAGCAGCGAGGAGGAAGUGAAGCAAGCUUUGAAAUGCAACAGAGAAUACAUGGGGGGCCGCUACAUCGAGGUGUUCAGGGAGCAGAAGGCCCCCACGGCCAAGGGGCCCCCGAAGACGAGCGCCAAGCCCUGGCAAGGCCGGACGCUCGGGGAGCACGAGGAGGAAGAGGACCUGGCGGACUCCGGGAGGCUCUUUGUGCGGAACCUGCCCUACACCAGCACCGAGGAGGACCUGGAGCGGCUCUUCUCCAGAUUCGGGCCCCUGUCCGAGCUGCACUGCCCCAUCGACAGCCUGACCAAGAAGCCCAAGGGCUUCGCCUUCGUCACCUUCAUGAUCCCUGAGCACGCCGUGAGGGCCUACGCGGAGGUGGACGGGCAGGUGUUCCAGGGCCGGAUGCUGCACGUGCUGCCGUCCACCAUCAAGAAGGAGGCCGGCGAGGACGCCGGUGCCCCAGGAACAUCCUCCUACAAGAAGAAGAAGGAGGCCAAAGACAAAGCCAGCAGCUCCAGCUCGCACAACUGGAACACGCUGUUCAUGGGCCCCAACGCGGUGGCCGACGCCAUUGCGCAGAAGUACAGCGCCACCAAGAGCCAAGUGUUUGACCACGAGACCAAGGGCAGCGUGGCCGUGCGUGUGGCCCUGGGGGAGACCCAGCUGGUCCAGGAAGUACGGCGCUUCCUCAUUGACAACGGGGUCAGUCUGGAUUCCUUCAGCCAGGCCGCCGCGGAGCGCAGCAAAACCGUGAUCCUGGCGAAGAACCUGCCGGCAGGCACCUUGGCGGCCGAGCUGCAGGAGCUCUUUGGCCGGUUCGGCAGCCUGGGCCGCGUGCUGCUGCCCGAGGGUGGUGUCACCGCCAUCGUGGAGUUCCUGGAGCCCCUGGAGGCCCGCAAGGCCUUCAGGCACCUGGCCUAUUCCAAGUUCCACCACGUCCCCCUGUAUCUGGAGUGGGCUCCAGUGGGCGUCUUCUGCAGCUCGGCCCCGCAGGAGAAGGGAGCCCAGGACGCACCCGUGGAACCUGCGGAGAAGGACAUGGCGGAGCCGGAGACCGUGCCCGACAGCGAGACUGUGGAAGCUGCAAAGGCAACAGGAGGAGGAGCAGAUGACCCUUCAUCAAAGAUGGAGGAAGAGGAGGAGGAAGAGGAGGAGGAGAAUCUUCCUGGGUGCACUCUGUUUAUUAAAAACCUGAACUUCGACACCACCGAGGAGACCCUGAAGGGAGUGUUCUCCAAAGCGGGCGCGGUGAAGAGCUGCUCCAUCUCCAGGAAGAAGAACAAAGCAGGAGCGCUGCUGUCCAUGGGGUUCGGCUUCGUGGAAUACAGGAAGCCCGAGCAGGCCCAGAAAGCACUCAAGCAGCUCCAGGGCCACGUCGUGGACGGCCACACGCUGGAAGUGAGGAUCUCGGAGCGAGCCACCAAGCCAGCCCUGACAUCCGCUCGGAAGAAACAGGUCCCCAGAAAGCAGACCACCUCCAAGAUCCUGGUGCGGAACAUCCCCUUCCAGGCUGACCACCGGGAGAUCCGCGAGCUCUUCAGCACCUUCGGGGAGCUGAAGACCGUCCGCUUGCCGAAGAAGAUGGCAGGGACGGGCUCGCACCGCGGGUUCGGCUUCGUGGACUUCCUCACCAGGCAGGACGCGAAGAGAGCCUUCAGCGCCCUGUGCCACAGCACCCACUUGUACGGCCGGAGGCUGGUCCUGGAGUGGGCCGACUCCGAGGUGACCUUGCAGGCCCUGCGGCGGAAGACGGCCGAGCGCUUCCAUGAGCCCCCGAAGAAAAAGCGGUCUGCGGUGUUGGACGAGAUCCUGGAGCAGCUGGAAGACAGUGAAAACGACAGUGAGGAGCGAACCCUUCAGCUGCGCGCUGGCACCGAGAGGGGCUGCUGAGCGGGAGUCCCGCCUGUGUCUGUCCAAGGGCCUGCCCACAGGUCGGGGCUCGGCCUCGGUCCUGCCCCGUCCUCGUCAGUCACGGGACCGCAAGCCCCAUCCUCGUCCCCGGGCGUCCCCGCCCCUGCCGGCCCGGGCUGGGGAGGCCUCGAGCUGCUCAGGAAGCCCCGCUCCGAGCCCAGACACAGCCCUGCGGGUGGAGCCCAGCCGUGUGUCCCUAACGGCAGACGCCCGUGUCCACGGGCCGGGGCCCCGCGAGAUGCAUCCAGGCCCCCAGCCCUGGCGAGCCGUGUUCCCAGCCUACCCCCGGCCACACGGACUCCAGCCCGGGGAGCGGGCCUCGCCCCCGGGAGGCCUUGUGCCCAGCGCAGGCCAGGGGGCCACGGGCCCGAGGACCUGGGUCUGACCCGCAGCCAUCCAUCCGCGCCCAGCCCCGCGCAGCCUCACACCCCCCAGGCCCCCUCUGACCCUCAGCGUCUCUCUCUCUCCCUAAGGUGGGGGUGGCGCUGCACCCACCUCAGAGGCGGGGCUCGGACUCCCUCGGUCGGUGCCCUCGGCCUCGUGUUCUCUCCUUGUUGGGGCCUGGGGGGGGCCCCGUGAGAGUCCGAGAACCUUCUAUCUUGUUGUGUAAAGUUCGGUCUGUGCGUUUUGGGGGUUUAGUCCUUGUCCAGCUGGCGGAGUGGCCUGGGGCCCCAGCCGCGCCCCGCGCCCCGGCUGCCCUGCCAGCCUGGCUCACCGCCGGGCACCCCCAGGACUGCCUGCAGAAACAGCCCCGGAGCGGCUCGUUCCAGCCGCCCGCAGGGUGUCCCCCAGACUCCAGGUGACCACAGCUUCUGGGCGGGGGCUGUGUGUGUGGUGGGGCGGGUGCUGAACCACCCUGGCCAGACCCUCGGCUCCCGGAGGUCGAGACAGAACCGGGAGGAGGCUGUGACGGAUGCAGGAGCGGAGCAGGCCCCCAGCGGAGGUGAGGUGGUGCCCCAGAGCCCUGGGCUUCGGCGGGGUCCCUUGCCCCUGCCCUGCCUGUGGGCCCAGGGGUUCCGGAGCAGGGCCUGAGCGGCAGGUGUGGAGCCAGCCCCCUUCUGGGGCUGGGGCCCCGCCUGGGUGCCUCAGCCAUCCCCACCCGCUUUGACCCCUGCGGGUCCCAUUUCCCAGGCUCCCCUGCCGACAGCCAGGCUUCCUAUCGGGCUUGCCCAGGGGAGCACCAGCCGGCACCUGGGGGCCAGGGUACCCCCGCCCUCUGUCCUUCGUGGUUUCUCCACCGAGGGGCCAGCCCUGGAUUCUAGCCCUACCGCCACCUCCCGGAGGCCAUGCAGCCAGAGUGCUGUCGCCCCCCGGCGCCUGGCCCUCGGCUGCUCCAGCUCCUCUGGAACGAGCUCCGAGUCCCCUCUGGAGCUGCCUGAUGGGGACAGCGAGGACGCGGGGAGCCAGCAAGGCCUGCUGCUGGGGUGACGGGGGGAGGCCUGGAGGUGGCCCAUGGAGGGACAGGAAGUGCAGUUGGGGGACAGGAGCGCG